UGACGUUGCGCACGCGAGUAGGUGACGUAGCCGCCGCAACUGUCAUGGCGAAGUCGCGAGUGUCCGUGUAGCCUCGACGAGAGAUUUCCGUGCUAUUUAUCCGAAAUACUCGGAGUUCUCGAUGUGACAUGAUGUUAAUUGUAACGUCAGCUGAUCAUCGCUGAGGAUCGCGUUCGGCCGAACUAAUCGCACUUGGAAACACAAAGAUAAAAUGUCACGCAAAAACAAGAAACACAAAACGGAAGAAGAAAAGGUAAACGAUGGGGAGCAGGACAACUUUUUCCCCGACGAGAUGAAGGAGGAGAUAAAAACAAUGUGGGAGAUACCACAAAUUUUCCAUUUUCUCCAUCUAACGAGAGAAUCCCUCAAUAUACCUCAGUUCUCCAUAUACGAAAUGGAGAGGAUGCUGUUGAUGCCGAGAGCCUCGAAGCAACUGGCAAACAUCAUGACGUGUUUGCUAAGCUCCCCAAUUACCAAAGCAAAGCUGCGUAAAGUGCCACCAAUGCCGUAUGAAUUUUGGACUAACAUUAUCGCGCAUAAGAUGGCAAGCUGGUUUAAAGUUUAUCACGCAAAGCACAAAGACACAACCAAAGUUCUAGAAACCAUCGGCGUCGAACCAGAAUUCUGGAAUGUCUUUCCCGAUGCCUCGUUACUCGAAAAAAAAUACUUUGAAAAUCUAAGCUUCAAACAGAGAGUCUGGCUGUUAAAAACUGUCUGUGAUACAAUCAUGCAUACCAGAAAAACAGUUCAGGAAGACAUAGCGCAACAACCAUGGGAGGAUCAGUUUGAAACAAUUUUAGGAGUUGAUCGCUAUGGAACGAGAUACAGUUACUUUCCACAAUUCAUCCCAAACGAUCUCAGAAUUUACAAGCAUUGUCUAGACAAUAAAAUUUUGUCGACUGUCGAACUUGUCAAAGUAAAAGAAGAAACGAACAAAUUAAUGGGCACAAGAUUGAAUAGGCAUAAAAGAAAAAAAUUGCAAUCUUACGCAUCGUGUCGCAGAUCAACCAGGCACAAUAAUAUUGAUAAGGACCUAAAUAACUACAAGUGUAAUAAUGAUAGUGCUGCGAGUUCGUUUAUCAGCGACGAUACGAAUAUGAGUAAUACGAGCACGUGCACUAAUAAUAACAACAUAGGUUUGAAUGCCAUAAGUAGGAAGCGUUGUAGGAGUUUGUCGAAAAUGUCCGAAGAAAGUACGCUAUCAAAUGUAAGAUCCAGCGGCUACGAUACCAAUACUUCCAGUGAUAAUAAAUCUGUCGACAACGAGACGUCGUCAAUGUUCAAAGGUUUCAUCAACACUCAAAGUGAUAAUUGUGGUAUAGAGAUAAUUAAUGAAAUGUUAGAUGACUUAAAGUCAGAAAUCGAUGAAGAAAGGAAAACGAAUGAGCAUGGAAAUAAUAGUAGCGAAUUAUCAUCGCAAGAAAAUAUUGUAAAAGUGUGUAAAGGUACAAUAGAUUCUUGUGAAAUUUUAGCUGCUGAAAGAGAUGAGAAUGAGAGAUCGAGCGAUAAUUUGUCCAGCAGUUCAAAAACGGACGAUGAGAAACUGAACGACAUAAUUAGCGCCGAGAAUUCUAAAUUACCUGAAAGUGUAUAUGCCAAAAGUAUUUCUGCCAGUGAUAAUGUAAGUGAUAUUUCAACAUUGACAUCCAAAUCGGAUGACGAAAAGUUAAGUGAAACAAAAACGAGUGGUAAUAAUGUUAAUAUACCUUUUAAUGACUCACUCUGUGCAUCUCCUUCUCAUGAUAGUGUAUCAUUAAGUGAAGAAAUGACUAAAAAUGAACAUUUAAACAAAGUAAAAGUUUUAUCAAUAACAAAAAUAAGAUCUAACAAUUUUAUUGAAGAAAAAAAUUUAAGAAGUAUACGUAUAUUACGAUCUCGAUAUAGAAUAGGACAACACAACGAAGAAAGUAAAAUGGUAACAGUAAAAAAUGAGGUAAAGAAAAAGGAGAAAUUGGAGGCAGAUGAUAAAAUGUACGAGAUAGAUGAACAGAAUUUCUCUAUGAGCAAGAUAGACUUGGAAAAAGACGUAGAAGAAAACGAUCUGGAUGAUUAUACAAACAAUUCUGAUACUGGUUAUAAUUUGAGAAGAUCCAAAGAACCAAAGACGGAUGAAUGUAAGAAACAUUUCGACAAAAUGUUAUCUGAUCUUGGAGUUUCUGAUUUUCAACUAGUAGCCGACACUUUGGAAGGAUUAAGGAAUCUCAUUAGCAGUUUUUCAACGAAUACCUCAGAAAACAAUGCAAUAGAAAUUCCUGAGUGUGAAGCAGCAUUGGUAACGAAGUUAACUGAAUUAUUAAAUUCCCUGGAACCAAUGGAAGCGACUUUGAAGGAUACGAUACGAAAAACGAAAACGAAACUUCAAAGGGAAUGGUCUAAUUUUAAGGAAGGCAAUGUGGAGGAUCAGGACUCAUCCAGUGAGGGUGGUCUCAGCUCUAAUUGGUGGAUUCUUGGAUCGCAGGGCAAGGAUCCACUGUCAGCUUCCGGGGACGCAACGUUACAAACGUUAUCGCAACUUGCCCUAUCCCCACCUGGCACCCAAAGAGGCCAGCAACGAUCGACCGAGCGCGAAAGCACGGUCGAAAAUUCCGAGCAAAGUCGCCGCGAGAGUCGGGAAGCGAGUGGAGACGAACAGCGGAAAGAUAACAACGAGAGAAAAACAGACCUCGAGGGAUCACCGACAGGAAACCAAGUUGAGGAGAGAGGAGAGAAGCAGGAAUAUAACAAGCAACAAAGAGAAAACGAAAAUGCGUCAAACGACGAAGAUACGGAACAGCAGACGCGACGAGUACUACGAACGCGUGGAGUCUCCUCGUACACAGAACAAUUUUAUUCAGAUGACGAGAGCGACGAGAACGAGUUGGAGGAAUGGGCCGACGUUGAGGCAGUCUAUGCGGCUCCCAGCGCACAGGACAAUACAUCCGCUUUUCACACUGCUCCGAAAAUCCGACACGCUGAUGAUCAGUCAGAAACGGAGGACUCAGACCAGGAUUGGAUUCUACCGGGCUCUCGCAAAAGGAAAAAUAAACGUCCGUCUGCCAAUCGAAGAUUAAAAUCAUUUCAACACAAAAUGCAGAACAUCACGGAGAAUACGUCUCAAAACAAUAUAACAUCUGGUAUGCCUCAGCUUGCCAAUGUGAAAAAUGGCAAAGAUAAACUCAAGAUUAAACUCAAACAGAAGGAGUAUAAACAGUUUGAGAAAUCCGAAAAUACGGAAGAUAAAUUGUGUGAUAAAUCGAAUAUCGUCGUAUCCGAAUCAAACCAAAUGGAUCCUAAGGAAUCAGUGCCUUCCACGAAUGAGAUGUGCAAACUGGAAUCUGUUGACAGUGUCCACUCGGAACUGGAUAUCAAAGACGAGGGUCCAAUCUACAUGUCCGGUCCAAAUCAAUAUGGACAGAACAGCUAUGGACCCGCGAAUCCACAACAGAAUUAUUAUUACGUGAUGCAAAAUCCUGGAAUCGCCGCGGGAGGGAGUGUCAUGUCCUCGCUAGGAACUUCGAUGAUGCAACAGAAUGUCAUCGUCCAAGGAAUCACGCCGCCGCAAGUUCAAAGCUACUAUGUAGCGCAACCAGGCGCGCAAGCAAGCUACGUGAUGCAAAAUUCACAGACAAAUUUUUUACCCGUUCAACAGCAGGCCGUCUUCCAACAGCCAAGUCCGCAAAUGAUGGCAACUCAACCAUAUGUCAACAGCGUGAGUUAUGUACCCUAUAUGGUAACCACGAGUACGCAGCCUCAGCAGUACGUAGUCGCAUCUAAUCCAAUAACGAAUCAGCCGAGACUGCAAAAUAGACUAAACUGUAAUCAGAACAUUAGAUUUAUAGCGACGUCGCGACAGAGUUUGCAAAAUCCUACGGCAAGAAUUAAUAACACACCUGUUAAAGAUAGUUGUCCAAAACCUACGAACGUUUCUCAACAAUGCAUAUCCAAUUCAACAUCGCGGCGAAAAGUACCACAAACAUGCGGUACAGAGAACAGCAGCCAGAAAACGAUGUCUUUAAUCGUGCUGAGUGAUAGCGAUGAUGAGAUAGAGAUGAUAAUUACCGAAAAAACUAAUACAGAAAGAAAGAUCGAUAAAUCUAUAUCGGUGCAAACUCAGAGAAACGUUAAUCAAUCUAAUAAGCAAAAGCCUGUAAUUACUUCUGACAUCACUGUUGCCUCAGCGAAGGACGUCAUCCCGCCACAGAUUAUUCAAAGAAUGAGUCAAGGCGGGAUAUCUAUUACACCAAUAAAAAAUACACCUCCGCCACCGACGACAAAUACUAAUACGCAAUUAGUGGUAGUCGUGAACGAGACUGGGAAUCACUAUGCCCUAGCACUACCCAAUGGCAGCAAACUUAUACUUACUCCGGAGCAGGUGGCGCAAAUCAGAGCCUCAAAUGGAGGAAAACUGAUCUUGUAAAAUUGCAAUAUUAUACAACAAUUGUCGAUCAUCAUGGAAUAAUCAUGUGUCAUCGUACGUGGCUAUGUAUGCUUCAAUUUCUUAUACUUCGUCGCGUGGAAGAUAAUAUCCCAGGACAAAAUUUUUAUAUAUAACAAUAUCAAAUUAUAUAAAA